CCGUGGCUUGCCCAGGUAUGCCUGCCUCACUGCAGCACCUUGAGCUGGUGCUCCUGCUCUCCAGUGCCACCCUGCUGCUCGGCACUGCGGCUGCUACCCAGAGUGAGGAGCGGCUGUGUGCAUUUAAAGACCCCUAUCAGCAGGACCAUGGAAUCAGUGAGAGCCGAAUCUCCCAGGAGAAUGGCACAAUUUUGUGCAUGAAAGGUAGUACCUGCUAUGGACUUUGGGAAAAAACAAGAGAAGGAGACAUACAUCUUGUAAAACAAGGUUGCUGGUCUCACAUAGGAGACCCACAGGAGUGUCACUUUGAGGAGUGUAUAGUUACAACCACCCCUUCCCUGAUUCAGAAUGGAACAUACCGCUUCUGCUGCUGUAGUACAGACUUGUGUAAUGUCAACUUCACAGAAAACUUCCCGCCUCCUGACCCCACUGAUACAACACCUUACAAUUCUUCUCAUUCUUUUCAUCGAGAUGAGACCAUCGUUAUUGCCCUGGCAUCUGUGUCUGUACUGGCUGUUCUCAUAGCUGCUCUGUUCUUUGGAUACAGGAUGCUUGCAGGAGACCGUAAACAAGGUUUGCACAGUAUGAACAUGAUGGAGGCAGCGGCAUCAGAGCCCUCAUUGGAUCUGGAUAAUCUAAAGUUGUUGGAGCUGAUUGGCCGGGGGCGGUACGGAGCAGUGUACAAAGGUUCCCUAGAUGAGCGCCCAGUUGCUGUGAAAGUCUUUUCUUUUGCCAAUCGUCAGAACUUUGUCAAUGAGAGGAACAUUUACAGGAUUCCGCUGAUGGAGCACGAGAACAUCGCCCGCUUCAUUGUGGGGGAUGAGAGAUUCACUGCAGACGGCCGGAUGGAAUAUUUAUUGGUGAUGGAAUAUUACCCCAAUGGUUCUUUGUGCAAAUAUUUGAGUCUCCACACAAGUGACUGGGUGAGCUCGUGUCGUUUGGCUCACUCAAUAACGCGGGGCUUGGCGUACCUGCACACGGAGCUGCCUCGAGGAGAGCAUUACAAACCUGCAAUAUCGCAUCGUGACUUGAACAGCCGCAACGUGCUGGUGAAGAACGAUGGCACCUGUGUCAUCAGUGACUUUGGGCUCUCCAUGAAGCUGACUGGGAACAGGCUGGUACGACCUGGUGAGGAAGACAAUGCAGCUAUUAGUGAGGUCGGUACAAUCCGCUACAUGGCCCCAGAAGUGCUUGAAGGAGCAGUGAACUUGAGGGACUGUGAAUCUGCCUUGAAACAAGUAGAUAUGUAUGCUCUGGGCCUGAUCUACUGGGAGAUAUUCAUGAGAUGUACAGACCUCUUCCCAGGGGAAUCUGUGCCAGAGUACCAGAUGGCUUUCCAGACUGAAGUCGGAAACCAUCCCACUUUUGAAGAUAUGCAAGUCUUGGUGUCUAGAGAGAAGCAAAGACCAAAAUUCCCUGAAGCAUGGAAGGAGAACAGCCUGGCUGUGAGGUCACUUAAAGAAACUAUUGAAGACUGUUGGGAUCAAGAUGCAGAAGCUCGACUAACAGCACAGUGUGCUGAGGAGAGAAUGGCAGAGCUCAUGAUGAUUUGGGAGAGAAAUAAAUCAGUUAGUCCAACAGUCAAUCCUAUGUCAACUGCCAUGCAAAAUGAGAGGAAUCUGUCGCAUCACAGACGUGUAUCAAAGAUAAGGCCAUAUCCAGAUUAUUCUUCCUCUUCCUACAUUGAAGAUUCAAUCCACCACACUGACAGCAUAGUAAAGAACAUUUCUUCUGAACAUUCAAUGUCCACUACACCAUUGACUUCAGGGGAAAAGAAUAGAAAUUCCAUUAACUACGAGCGGCAGCAAGCACAAGCUCGCAUCCCCAGUCCCGAGACAAGUGUCACCACUUUGUCCACCACCAAUACAGCUGGCCUCACUCCCAGCACCGGCAUGACCACCAUCUCCGAAAUGCCUUACUCGGAUGAAACAAACUUACACACUGCAAAUGUCAUGCAGCCGGGUGGGCCCACCCCUGUUUGUCUGCAGCUAACAGAGGAGGACUUGGAGACAAAUAAAUUGGAUCCAAAAGAAGUGGAUAAGAACCUGAAAGAAAGCUCUGAUGAGAAUCUGAUGGAACAUUCACUUAAGCAGUUUAGUGGGCCAGAUCCACUGAGCAGCACUAGUUCCAGCUUGCUUUACCCACUGAUAAAACUUGCAGUAGAGGUGACAGGGCAGCAGGACUUCACACAAGCUACCAACGGUCAGGCGUGUUUGAUCCCGGAUGUGCCAGCUGCUCAGGUCUAUCCUCUACCCAAGCAGCAGAACCUGCCGAAGAGGCCCACUAGCCUCCCUCUAAACACCAAAAAUUCAACCAAGGAGCCACGGUUAAAAUUCGGUGGCAAGCACAAAUCAAACUUGAAGCAAGUGGAAACGGGCGUAGCCAAGAUGAACACUAUCAAUGCUGCAGAGCCUCACGUGGUGACGGUGACCAUGAACGGAGUGGCCGGCAGGAGCCACGGCAUGAACUCUCAUGCUGGCACAGCCCAGUACGCCAACGGCACGGUGCCCUCUGGCCAGAGCAGCAGCUCGGUGGCGCAGAGGGCCCAGGAAAUGCUUCAGAACCAGUUCAGUGGUGAGGACAGUCGGCUGAAUAUCAACUCCAGUCCCGACGAGCACGAGCCCUUGCUGAGGCGGGAGCAGCAGGUCGGCCACGACGAAGGUGUCCUGGACCGCCUGGUGGACAGGAGGGAGCGGCCGCUGGACAACGGGCGAACGAACGCCAACAACAACAACAGUAAUCCGUGUCCAGACACUGCUGCAGCCAGCAUCCAGAGUGUAGUGAGAAAUCCUGGGCAGACCCAGAGCAGACGAGCACAGAGGCCUAAUUCGCUGGAUCUGUCAGCCACAAGUAGUUUGGAUAGCAGUAGUAUGCAGUUAGGUGACUCCUCACAGGAUGGCAAAUCAGGCUCAGGAGAGAAGAUCAAGAAACGUGUGAAAACGCCGUACUCGCUCAAGCGGUGGCGUCCGUCCACGUGGGUCAUCUCCACAGAGCCGCUGCACUGCGAGGUCAACAACAACGGCGGCGAGCAGGCAGUGCCCCCCAAAUCCAGCACUGCUGUGUACCUUGCAGAGGGGGGCACUGCCACCACCAUGGUCUCCAAGGACGCAGGGGUGAACUGCCUGUAAAGCGCUUCAAAAGCCCACCUUUGUUUUGCGUUAUUUGAAACAAACGUGCAGAAGACAUUUUAAAAAACUGCUUUCUCCUCCUGUCAGCAACCCCUACCAAGGACUCGCUUUAAAUAGAUUUCAGCUAUGCAGAAAAUUUUUAGCUUAUGCUUCCAUAUUUUUUGUUUUGUUUUAUUUUUUGACCGUUUUUGCACUUUUAUUUAGUAUCGCUAAAGUUAAGUCUGUCUGUUUUGACCACGGAAUAUAUAUAUGUGUAUCAAAGAUGUGGUCUCAAAAUAUUUUUUUAAAAAAAAGUAACAAAAAAAAAGUAUUGCUGAUAAUCAGUUUGGACCAGUUUCUUAAGGUCACUAAGAACAUAAGCAGACUAUAAGACAGGUUUGACUGCAGUGGUGUCUUGUAACCAUGUUUUGAUUUCUGUGCACAAGCUAGUCUGUAUAUUUCUAUGUUACAAAGUGUAUUCUCUUUUGAACCCCUUAUUUUCCUUGUGUCAUGUUGAAAUGUGCAAUAGUCUAUAGUUCAUAGUAGGCUUUACUGAAAAGUGUGUUUCUAAAACUGCCACAUGUUCCCAUUUUUGUAUUUGUUAAUUUUUCCUUGACAGUUGAGCAGUCAGCCGGUCAUGACAGUGAACUUUGCACAUCGUAGCCAGCUUGAAGCAGCUGCCAUUAUCACAUUGUGCUCAGAGGUGACAAUGCAUGAAUUUUCCCCAACUUGAAAGGGCUUUAAAAAAGGAACAAACAAAAAAAAAAAACACAAUCUGAGCUCUGUACCUUUCUUUUGAUCCUCCCUAAUCAAAAUGUGUUUCCUUUAUAGUAGUAGAUGCCAGCCUGUGAAGCUAAGUAACAAAAUGUUGAACAAAUGUAAGGAGACAGUGUCAGCCAUUUUUCCAUUUUAUUUUGUGUGCAGUUUCACCCCCUGUAUUUAUGUAAAACCUUAUUUAGAUCACUUAUGAUGUACAUUGAAAAAUACAUUUUAUUCAGAAAUAUUAGUAAUUGUCAUACUUUAAAAGCUUGAGUGAAGAUAGGUUGUGAACAUAUUUUGUUUACACAGAGAAAAAAAGCAUCGAUCUUACUUGGCACAAAACAGUUUGGUGAUGAGUCACAAGUCUUUCCUGAUGUACCUCCUUACAGACAGGAUGGGGUAAAAAUGAGCCUGAUUCCUUAUGCAGGUAGGUGCAUCCUAAUUGAUGUUGUUGCCAAGUUGAGUUGAAACUCGUCCACCCUUCAGAGUUCUUAGAGGCCCUCAUUCAUCUUGUUAAGGUUUACUGCAUGCUUUUUAAAAUCAUGGGUGUUUGUGGGGGAGGGUUGGGGAUUUUUUUUCCCCUCUGCUUAGUCCCUUCUUUCAGUUGGUAUGCACAUUGAUUUUAGCUGUCAGUGAAUGUGAAUGUAAUAUGUAUUGAGAGAAAUUGUUUAUUCACUAUCUCAAGUAAACCCUUCCUUUUUUUGGAAUGAUUGGUUUUACUGUCUACUGAAAGAAAAUAAUUUUCUUAUUAGUUAGAACCUCCUUCCACCUAAGAAACAGCCUUCCACCUGAGAAUUCUUUCCAAUUGAAAACCCUUCAGUAAAAACUAUCUGGAAAUAAAAAGAUGUAUCACAUCAGUCUUUGGUAACAAGCAAAGAUUUAUCACUUCAUCUGAAAACUGGUGAUGUUCAAAGAAAGAAAAUCAAUUCAGUCAGCCUGCCAGACUCCUGUGGCAGGAUACUGGCAGCAAACAAUUGCCUCCCCCAGCCUGUCUCCUUUCAGCUGACUGAAGCAGAUGCUCUCUGCUUUUAAGCUCAUUUGUUUCCUUGCCAUUUUACCAUUUUUUCCCCCUGAGGUAAACUUUGCCAACCGUGUUCUUCUCUAUCUGCUGAUACAGCCAAUCUAAUACAUGCCUUGCUUACAUCUGAUUGAUUCUUGCUGUUGCCCAAAAUUCCUUGCUUGUUCUUGAUUGCUAUGAUUUUCUCUUGUAACAUUUCUUAACAUUUCUUAGAUUCUCCUAGAUAUCUCCAAGAGAUAGCACUAUAAAUGCAGACUUUGAGUAAGUGUAGUUGUAGAAAUACAAGCCACAAGGCACAUUUUGAGCUCCCUAUGUUCCUUAAGCACCAGUUCAAAUAGUACCUCUCGUCUCUGAGGCAUAAUUAUGCUUUCCCCCUGUAUAAUGCACUUAGAUCACCCCUUUUUAAAAACACAGCCUUCUUCUGGUUUGACUUUUAAUUCACUCUCUGGCUUCCCAUCUGCUGCAGUCUCACAUCCCAGAUGUUGAAAACCUGCCAGUUGCCCAGCUGGGUUUCAAGACCUGAAUCAGAAUUUCUGGCAUUCUAUUCAUAUUGCUCACUGGGUUCUCUUCUCCUUGGCCUCCUGUGAGUCUCCGUUUGGGGUGCAUAGUGGUGUUUUUUGGGGAGCACUGAUCGUGAUCUUGAGGACUCUUCACUCCUAUCCCAAUGACUUUUCUUUGCCUUGCAUGUAUCAUCCAUCAGCAUUUCAGAAUGUGGGCUGGAAACAAUAUUUAGGACUCUUACUAAAUCAGACUAUUCUGGGGAGAGAAAAAUUGCUUCUCUGACUGCUGCUUCCUUCUGCUGAGACAGAAUUUCACCAGUCUUUGAGCCUUUCUUUGCAGGCCAUGCCUUUGUAAGAAAUCCAACUGUUUUGUGAUCAGUGCAAUCAAAAUAACUUUAAUACCAGAUGAAGAUGUUGUUCUGCAGAUUUCCUUCAACAUUCUUAAACAAUACUUUUUUUCUUUCCUUUGUCUAUUUCUGUUACUUGCUGGAGGGUGUUUGGAAUAAAUUAUAAUUAGUAGCAAGAUUGGCUGUGCAAUCUACCAUGGAUAAAUAUAAUUUGUAAAAUGAUAGAAAAAUGUACUUUAUCAGGAAAUACAGAUUUAUCAGGAAAUGUAGAUUAAACAGAUAAAAUCUAUUCUUUUUUGAAAGGUUAGUCCAAGCAAACUCUAAAGUAGGUCCCAAAAUACUGUAAUUCUGCACAGCCAGAUUAAAUCAGGUUAGAAGUUUGGUUUUAAUGUUUAAUUUAGUAAUGCCAUUUUUUUUCCUUACACCACAUAAUCCAGUGUCCAUAGAAUACUAUCUCUGUAAGUUAAAUGAAAUUGAAUUUUCAUGCUGCAGGGAAUCGUCCUUAACCAAACAAAAUACAUGUAAGAGAAAGAAUUCUACAAAUCAAACACGGGGAUGGUUGUUAUUGUACAAUAAACAAGGAAACCAAAUGUGAUUCAUUUCCUUGUGAGUUACGAUUUUGCUUAUUUGAUUUUCAAAAAAAGGAAAAUUAUCAAAGUUGAUCAUUUUCCAUCAGUUUCUCAUGUAUAUUGCAGACAAGAUAAAUACAGCAAAAUUAAAAUAGAAUGGUAGUGUAAAUACCUAUUAAUUGUGCCACUGUCAAAUAGGCAGUAGUAGAAUAUUUGUUAUGUAAUUUAUAAUGGAGAAUUCAAGUAAAAUGGGAGAGCAAACAGUUUUGGUGUUUGUCUGUAUAAGACAAAAUCCAGCAUCUUGCUGGGUAUAGAAAAUGGUUUACUAGCAGAAGGCAGGAGAGUUGUUUAGGUUAAUGCAUUGUCUCUUGUUCUGUUUCCUGUAACAGAGAUACCAACGUAACAUGGUUUUUAGACUGUGAAUUCUAGCCCUUUGAACAGACAUGCCUGUUGGUAUUGGUAUUGGUCAGAUUGUAAUUGGUAUUUACAGGUCAGAUUAUCUGCACCACUUCCCUGAAUUUGCUGAUAGUGCUUUACAGCUUGAUAUACUAGCCAGUUAGUGUUACCAAGGCCUUUCUUGAAACUCCAAGAUGCACUUACACUGCACAGCUCAAGUAAAGGUAUUCCCAAUUUAAAAGAAAACCAUCUAAUGGUAUCAUAAUUAGAAUAUUUUCAGAAACAACAUUUCCAUUCUUGGUUUGCUUUCUUGGUGCCACUUGUUUGUCUCUAGUUUUUCAUAGAGAAAAUCACCUGAUUUUCAAAGGCAACACAUUUUGAUUUUUUUUUCAGUGCACUGGGCACAAAACAAUGCAAGAUAGAUGCUGGCAAUUUUCAGGAAACAAGCAACAAAAACCUCCCACCUCAUAAAUAUGUUCAGAAAGUUCACAUCCUCCUACCUGUCAGCUUUCUCUAAAAGAAAUCUGGUAUCCUACCUGCCUCAGAGAGGAGAAUAAGGAAGUUCUUUAAUUGUAUGGAAUAAAUUAUUGCCCCCAAACUUAAUAGUAAUGAAUACUUACUUAAAAAGAUAUAUAUAUACAUUGUAUAUGCCCUAGUUCCAGUGUUCAGUGCAUUUUGCUCUAAUGAUAUUCCAUUUUUAAAUGUUAAAAAAUAUCCACUAAUACAACAUUACUGUGUCGAUGUUCAGAUUGUUAUUUUCUUUACAUGAAAAAUACAAAAGUUUCCAACCAUUCUUCCAUUGAAAUGUUACUGUGGACAUUUCUUGCCUAAUUAGGGUGAUUUUAAAAUUGACAUAUUUAAUCUAUAAAUUAGAAAUUAAUUAUGCUGUAGCUUUUACUUGUAUAAAAAUGUUGGCUGGUCCCAUUGCUGGAAUAGGCUGGGUUUAAGCCAUAAAAAUAAUAAUUGCCAAGCACAGUAGCAUAUAAAUGAUCUGAUAUCUAAUUGGAAGAUUUUUAGCAUCUCAUCAAAGUAAAAUGAAAUUGGAUUGAUCAGUCUUUGAAAGAUCAUAGACUGGACAACAAUAUUGUGCAUAAAUUGGGAUUAUUUGAACUUUUCUGUCUGCUCUCCCAGUACCCAUUUUAACUGAUAAUAACUAUAUUAACCUUCUUUUUAAAACAUACUUACUAAUUUUUGUUCAACCUCAAGCCUUUCUUCAGUGAAAAAACUACACGUAUUGCAGUGCAGCCAGAUAUAUAUAUUUUUAUGUAAACUCUGUGUGUAUUUAGAUGCAUAUGUAUGUUGUGUGUAAGUUCCAGGAUUAAAUUCUGUGAGUUACAGCAUCAGAUGGUAGCACUGGUAGAAAGUAUAAUGUGGGGGGGAUUUUUCAUAUGCCAUUUUAAAAUUGUCUAUAGUGCAUCACAGUAAAGCUGGGAUCAGACUGUGACACACAGUCCAGUAGUUCAGGAUCUCCUGUGACAGACUUGUCACUGAUUGUUUGGGUGGAAUGGAUUUAUAUGAGAGAGAGAGAGAGAGAAGCCUGGGAAUGCACAUGACAAGCUUUAUCUGAAGCUGAGUAAUUUAAGAUACCUCUCUCAAAGAUCAAAAAAUAACCCAAAACACUUAAAACAUGAUAAUUUUUACAAGGCUUUUUUAUGUAGGAGCUAUAGUUAUAUGUGUGGUUGCCGUUUAAACAUAGUAUUUUAGUCCAUUAAAUCAAAUUGCAUUUUAGGCUUCUAUAUUGUCAUAUGAAACUGUAGCUAUAGAAAUACAUCCUUUUUUGAUCUCACCCAUCCCCCAAGUAGGUUCAGUUUUGACAUGAAAGAGUAACAAAUCAGUUUUCUCAUUUGGGGAUUCUUCGGUACCGAGUAAAAUUGGAGGCAGAACUUCCAUUUCUGCAAGAACAGAUUUGUGCCCCUGCAAAUGCAGAUGGAUGUAAUGUUCAGCACCUGUAUUCCUGAGGGAAUGGGCACCUCCAGGGCUCCUGGCUGAGCCCAGUGCUCUUGGAAUCCAGCAGGAGUCUGCCUCUGGCAGUGGACAGAGGGGGCUGGGUUCUGCUGGCUGUGCUGUUACAGGUUUCUGGGGAGGAUUAGCCCUGGGAAAGCUGAUGUGGAAUGUGGGAGUGCGGGGCAGCGCUGGCUCCUGAGCCUUGCUGGGUGUUGCAGUUGGGGAUUCAGGCUGUGGAGCUGGGUCAGCACAGGGCAGCUGUGGCUUUGUCAGGAUGUGGGACUGCACUGGGGGAGUGGGAGUGGAAGGGUUCAAGAUAAAUCCUCAUUUACACCAAGGCCCUUUAAUGUUCAGCUGGGCUCCAUGCAGGUCUGUGUUAGCAGUGCAUUAUUAAUACAAGUUACUUCUUACAGCCAUUUCUGUUUAUUUCACUGUGGUUUAAUAUACACGUGUGCAUAAUAAGCAGGAGCUAGUUGGAGUUAUGCUAAUUCUUAGUGUAAUCAUCAGCCAUUUUUCAAAGCCUAUUGCUGAUUUCAUCAGCAAUUGUUUGAAUUUGCAAGUCAUUCAGUUGGUUAACUUCAAUGCAUACACCACAGCACAGGAAGGAAGGAUUUCUUCCCAGUCCUUACAGGCUUCUGCAGAUGUUUCACUGGACUGUGUCCAUCAUGGCACAGCGUCUCACCUGGUAACGAUUUUAAAGCAGAAAUAAUUAGCCUUUAUAACUUUCUAGUUCCAAGGUCUCCCAAACCUCCACUUUUGUAGCCCAUUCACUUGUUUUUAAGACAGAAAACAUGUGUGAGGUUUAUUUCUAGAGCACUUGAUUCACUUUCUUUUUUGUGCUUCAGAACUGUAUCAUGAAGUUUCACACUUCAAUCUUGUUUAUUCAGAAAAUAGUUAAUGUUUCUGGUCUUUGUAAGAAGUCACAAGAACAAACAGGCAAGUCCAAGUUAUAGCUGACUCAUUUGUCACUUUUGAAUUUCCUGAUUGGUGACUCUUCUCUCUCUUUCACACUGUUGAAACGUAUUUAAAACGGUUUGUGUUUAUAUGUUUCUUGUCUGCUUUUUGUCUCUAGAGGAAAGCGUGCUCUAUUCACAUUUAUAUAAGCUGGAAUAAUGUUUUACAAUCGCUGUUGAUUAUUUUCCCCCCAAAUGCAGUAUAAGAGGAAAAUAAACAUGGCAAGAAUGAAUUUUUAGGGUUUGGUCUUCUGUAAAGGCUGAAGUAAGAAGAUGUGAAACUGCCAUUUUCCUUAUGAAAGACUGUAAAGAGAGCUGUACUUUCUGAGCGAGCUUUUCUGGGGGAAGAGGGGGAGAAAUCCUAGAAUAUGGAGUCUCAUCAGAACCCUUUUGUUAACGGGUAUUUUUGGUUUUCCUCUCAAACGACUGAGGAAAUAUCAUGUAUGAAUUUAUAAAUAAUUGCUUUCAGUUAUUUCUUUUGUAUAAGCUGCGCAAUACCCUUGCUAUGCUGUAUAAGUUGUGUUUCAUGGAACAGUGUGAGUAUGAAAUAAAAAGCUAAUUUUUGGUUUUUAAUCAUCUGUGGAUGCCACUAUGAAAGCUGACAUUGUUAAAGCCACUACAGAGUUUUCUAUGAAUACUUGUAAGAAUUGCUUUGUUAUAUAUAAACCUAAAUAAAGAGAUUGUAUUGAUACAGAGACAUUGGAUAAGAACAUUUAAAAGGCUAUUCUUUAGGCCUGAGAGAAAAGGCUUGCUGUAAAAAUGGUGCAUUAUUCCAUUUAUUAAAGAUCAUAUUAAUGACAAAAA